AUGGCUGAGCAAUUAGUUCAAAUUAUUCAAAAUUUAAUUGGUGAUAUUGACCAAACCGUCCAAAAGCAAGCUGAAGCAGCUUUGAUUACCUUGAGUGAACAAGAUCCUAACACUUUCAGCAUCAAUCUCCUUUAAAUUGCUAUCCAACAUACUCAAGAUAAUAUUAGAAUCUUUGCUAUCAGUCACUUAAGAAAGAGAAUUAGUAAGUUCUCUGAAAAAUCUUUCUCUCUUAUUUGGGAUAAGCUUGCUCCUUAAAACUAAAAUACAAUUAAGACAGCUUUAUUCGAAAUGUUAACUAAUGAAAAGAAUAAUACUGUCCGUGGCUUGAUUUGUGAUUGUAUUGGUGAAUUGGGUGGUUCUUUACUCGAAGAUAAGGAUGCUGGUAACCAAUGGCCUGAAUUGAUCAGCAUCGUCUGGUCUCUUUUCAUGAAGGAAAGCGUUGAAUUAUUGGAAUCUGGUUUCAAGAUUCUUACUAACUUACUUACAUAUGCUCCUGACUCUUUCGAUGGUCACAAGUAAGAAUUAGCCACUCUCUUCCAAAAUGGUGUCAAAAACGUUAACGCUAAGAUUCAAGUUGCUUGUAUCUAAUCUAUUGGUGCUUACAUUUCUAUGCUCGACCCCAAAUAAGCUAAGUUAUUCCAACCUUUAGUUCCUCUUAUGCUCGAAAGUUUCUAUACUCAAAUCAAGUAAAGCCCUGAUGAUGCUGAAGAAAUUUUGAUUGUCUUCACUGAUAUUGCUGAAACUGAACCUAAAUUCUUCAAGGAACACUUCGAAUACCUCUUCUCCACCAUCUGGAAAGUCAAUAUGGAACACGAAGAUGUCGAAACAGAUGUUAAGCACAUGGGUACUGAAACUAUUAUCUCUUUGAUUCAACGUCUCCCCUAAAUUGUAAGAAAGAACCCUGCCUAUAUUAGCAGACUUAUUGAAAUGAUCUUCAAGCACAUGAUCGAAAUUGAUGAAGAAAUUACUGAUGAAUGGAAAAAGCCUGCUGAAGGUUUCAAUGAAGAUAUCGAAGAAGAUGCUGAUUUCGAAACUACUCGUUUUGGUAUGAAUGCUAUUGAUAGAAUCAUUGACUCAGUUGGUGACGCUGAAACUCUUCCUAUCCUCUCUGCUACUGUUGAAAAGCUUCUUUAACACAACGACUGGAGAUACAAUUUCUCUGCUAUCAUGGCUCUUUCAUAGGUCGGUGAAUACAUCGAUGAUGUUGCUACUGUUCAACCUAUUGUUGACACUGUUCUUAAAUUCUUGAACAAUGAAAAUCCCAUGCUCAGAUAUGCUGUCUUCCACGCUAUUGGUCAAAUUUCUGAUGACAUGAAACCCGACUUCUAAGUUAAAUACAAGGAUAACAUUAUGCCCAUUCUUUUGAAAUACUUAGAUGACCCUGUUCCCAGAGUCGUUUCUCAUGCUGCUGCUGCUUUAACUAACUUCGUUGAAGGUUUCUCUGAUGAUGAUAUUACUCCCUACUUGUAAUAAACUUUACAAAAACUCUUCACUUUAGUUAACACUGGAUGCUCUAUUGUCAAGGAAAAUUGUAUGACUGCCAUCGCUUCUACAGCUGAAUCUGCCAAGGCUAAAUUCCACGACUACUUCAAUGAAUGCAUUCCUAUCCUCUUCAACGUCUUUGAAACCUACACUAGCAAAGAAUACAAGCAAUUGAGAGGUUAAACCAUUGAAUGUAUCACUUUGAUUGCUCAUUCCAUCAACAAGGAAGUUUUCUUACCCCACUUAUAGAAAAUCACCUAAAUCAUUGUCACUGUCCAAAACUCCAACUUAGACAACUAAGAUCCUCAAAAGAGCUACGUUCUUUCUGGAUGGUAACGUCUCUGCCUCAACUACUCUAACGAAUUGGUUCCUUACUUACCCGAAAUCGUCCCCGGUGUCUUCAGAUUAGUUGAAUAAAUCACUAAGAAAGACGGUGAAGAUGGUUAUGAUGUUGAUGAAGCUGAAAUUGCUCUUGCUAUGUUAGAAGUUUUCAUCGAUUAAUUCAACAAAAACUUCGCUCCUUACGUUGAAAGCACCACUAGACUCAUUUCUCCUCUUUUGGACUUCAAGUAUGCUGAAUCCAUCAGAGAAUCAGCUUCUAAGUGUGUCCCUGGUCUCGUUAAGUGUGCUGGAGAUAACCACGAAAUCUAAAAGAACAUGGUCAGAUACUUCCUCUAACUCUUACUCGAUGCCACAAGCACCGAAUUCGAUUCCACCAUCAUGAUUACCCAAAUCAGUGCUAUCAGAGACUGUAUUGACUCUGCUGGUAAGUUCAUGACCCAAGAAGAACUCCAAAGUCUCUCCAACAAGGUUAUCAAGCUUCUUCUCGAUUCUGAUAAGAGAAAGGCUGAAAAUGAAAAGUGGAAGAAUGACGAAGAAGUCGAAGAAGAUGAAAAGGAAAUUCUUGAAGAUGAUCUUGAAAUGGAAGAAGAAUUAUAAGUCGCUAUUGCUGAAUUAAUCGGAAUACUCUUCAAGACCCACAAAGAACAAACUCUUCAACUUGCUGAUCUCAUUUACACCCAAGUCCUCCCCAAGGUUUUGGAUCCUACUGUUUCUGACAGAAUGCACAAGUUUGGUCUCUUCUUGAUUGACGAUAUGGUUGAAUUCCUUGGAUUCGAACUUAUGUCAGUUAGAUGGAAUGAAUUAGCCACUGCUUUGAAGAUGUUCGCCCAAGACAAGUCUUGCCAAGUCAGAUAAGCUGCCGUUUACGGUAUUGGUAUAUUUGCUUAAAACACUCCUAAUGCCUCUUUCACUCCUUACGCUUAAGACCUUAUCUCAACUUUGAUCCAAUCUUCUAACAUCCCUCAAGGAGAAGAAAAGGAAAAGCAAUACGGUCAUGCUCGUGACAAUGCCAUCGCCUCUAUUGGUAAAAUCAUCAAGUCUUAAAGCAUUGUUGCUCCUGAAGUCAUUACCUACUGGAUUUCUAACCUUCCUCUUAAAUAUGACAAGCCCGAAGCACAUAUCCAACAUUAAUUAUUAGCAGAAAUCUGUAUCUCUAGACCUGAUCUCCUCUCCACUGAUCUUAUCACUAAGACUAUUCAAAUUUUCGGUUAAAUCUUAGAAACCAAGUAUUUAGAUCAACAAAAGGGAGCUCCUCUUGUCUCUCAAGCCCUCAAAGUUUUGGCCCAAAAUCCUCACGUCACUGCCGAAUACAACAAAAUUAUCUCUGUAUUGACUGAAUAACAAUAAGAAAAACUUAAAAAGGCCUUCUAAGCUUGA